GGAGGGGCGGGGCUGGCGCGGGCCCCGGCGGGGUUUAGGCGCUGCACCGCGGCAAGAUGGCGGAUAGGGAGGAGGCGCUGAGGGAGUUCGUGGCCGUGACCGGUGUCGAGGAGGAGCGAGCGCGUUUCUUCCUGGAGUCCGCCGGUUGGGAUCUCCAGAUUGCGCUUGCCAGUUUCUAUGAGGACGGGGGUGAUGAGGACAUUCUGACUCUUCCCCAGCCGACACCCAGCUCUAUAUCCAGAGGCACUGCAGCCAGUGACCACAGAGUAACAUCGUUUAGAGACCUUGUUCAUGCGCAGGAGGAGGAUGAUGAAGAGGAGGAGGGACAGCGGUUUUAUGCCGGUGGCUCAGAGAGAAGUGGACAGCAGAUCGUUGGUCCUCCAAGGAAGAAGAGUCCCAACGAACUGGUGGAGGAUCUGUUCAAAGGAGCAAAGGAGCACGGUGCAGUGGCGGUUGAUCGGACAGCCAAGAGCGGUGGCGAGACUAGCAAGCCUAAACCUUUUGCAGGGGGAGGGUAUCGCCUUGGGGCUACUCCAGAGGAGGAGUCUGCUUAUGUGGCAGGAGAGAGGAGACAGAACUCUGCUCAGGAUGUGCAUGUUGUACUGAAGCUCUGGAAGAGUGGAUUCAGUCUGGAUAGCGGAGAACUGAGGAGCUACCAGGAUCCGUCCAAUGCCCAGUUUCUUGAUGAUAUCCGCAGAGGGGAAGUCCCGGCAGAGCUGCGCAGGUUAGCACGGGGCGGACAAGUGAACCUGGAUAUGGAGGAUCACCGUGAUGAGGAGUAUGUGAAACCUAAAAGUGUAUUCAAAGCUUUUACUGGAGAAGGACAGAAGCUGGGCAGCACUGUGCCCCAGGUGAUGGGCACCAGCUCGCCAGCCCAGCAGGCAGAGAAUGAAGCCAAAGCCAGUUCUGCCAUCGCUAUUGAUGAGUCGGAGCCCAUCACCAACAUCCAAAUCCGGCUUGCUGACGGUGGGCGACUGGUCCAGAAGUUUAACCACAAUCACAGGAUCCGUGACAUCCGACUCUUCAUAGUAGAUGCUCGGCCAGCGAUGGCUGCCACCAGUUUCGUCCUCAUGACCACCUUCCCAAAUAAAGAGCUGACUGAUGAGAACCAAACCCUGAAGGAAGCCAACCUGCUCAAUGCUGUCAUUGUUCAGCGGUUAACAUAAAGGAACCCACCUCUCGCCACACGCCUGCCUGCAGUGCGCAUGUGUCGUCUUGUCCUGUGUGUGCACCUGCGCUGUGCAACAUGGGCUCACAUCUACUCGUAGCUCUGGGUUCUUAGGUCUUGGUUGGACUUUUUUUCUCUUUAGUUGCAUUUCCCAUGGUUUUUUUUUUUUUUUUUUUUGUGAUGAUGAUCAGUGGACUUUAAAAUAAAUAAACAAAACGAAUCCGUUUUGAAAGGAGCUGCAGCCUAUUGUGCCACAAAUUCUCCCACGAGAGUUCAGUUACCUUUGUGGAUUGCGUUACUGCGCUCUUUAGAGGGGAGGAAGGUAAGGGGGAAGGGAGCUCCCAGGGAGCAGUUUCUGACCGUUGCCAACUGACUGCUCAUCACAAUCUUUUUGCUCUUCCCUCUCCUCCAGGGACUGCUGCAAAGUACUCCCUUUGUUUUCACACAUUAAAUACAAACUAUACGAGAAUGGGUGAUCUGAUUGUCAGGAUAAUGGUUACACUACUGUAAAAGCUUCAUGGGGGAAGUCUUUGUGAAACAGCUGUUGCUCAGUGUGGGGAAAACUGAUGUGUGUGUGCAGGUGCAAGGUUUAACACUCUUCUUGGGCUUUUCUGGAGAGAAAGUCCUGACUUCCCUUCCCUCAGCAGAACUCUUAGGGGCAUUCACUGCAGUACCCACCUGCUCUGCCUGCACUUUCUGCAGCAGUCCAGACUGACUGCAGUUCUAAUUUGCUGUAUUGCAUUUCUCUGAGAAACCCUGCUGCUGACUUUUUCUUUCCAAGAAGGCACAAAGCUGAAUCAGCUUGAAGUGACUGAAAGGGCAAACAGAGUCUGUCUUACUGGAAAGCAAGUUUUAUUUUGAGAGGUGAAUUAUUGAGAGGAUGGAAGCAGCUCAGGUGGAAAAACUCAAGGCUGUAGUACCCUUUGCUUUAUUUCCUCUCCUCUGCUGAGGACUAACAUAACUGAACACCUGGAAUUCUCCAGCUUUGGUCUGUUCUGCUGUUAAUGUUUUGGGCUCAGGUCUCCAUAUUUUUCUUUCCUUUGAACAGAAUCCCACAGGUGAAUUUGUUAUGCCUAGACAUGAGGGACUGGUAGCUCUGGUGUAGCGUCACACGUACGAGUUGCCAUAUAGCGUUGUGCCACGGCACUUUGCGCCGACCCGCAGCAUGCUUGCUAUCCAAAGCCCUGGGCUUCAGCGCAGAACUCGGAGCUGUGCUGAACAGUGGGCCUCCAGACAUCAGCUAACUGGGAGCUGCCCUGCGCCCAGCGGUAUCCCUUUGAGAGAGGCUGGAUUGCUGCCGUGCGAAGGGUUGGAGCACGCCAUCCGCUUUCCGCCUUAGUCACACUGGAGCCCUGCGGCUGCUACUGUGCUGUAAGUCCACCCCCCUCAUCACUCUGAAGCUUCCAGGUCCUCACCUUGGUGCGAGCAGAGAACAAGCUGUAGGGAAGUGCAGGCUGGGGGAGGGCCAGCAGGUUGGACAGGUUCAGCAUGAGAAACUCGCUUGGCUGGCUGUAUUAAUACAAAACUGUGGGAGUAGAUACCAGACCUUAGCAAGGGCAUUUUUACAACAGUUUCUCAACCGAGAGCUGAAUUAACUUACAUUUUUCAUUACUAAAUGGAUAUAUAAUGUGCGUAACAACAAAUUUGUAAAUUAUUGUGAAAAUUACCAUUAAAAGGCCACAAAAUAGGAAAA